AGGAAGCUUAUUCGAAUUUGCCAAUUGAGGCUAAAGUAAGUCAUCUCUUGGGAGCAAUCCACAAUUCCAACUUAAGUCAUGAAGCCAGACAGAUGUCCGCAGUUUUGUUGCGGAGAGUAUUUUCUAAUGAUUUCAUGGAUUUCUAUCCCAAAUUACCACCAGAAAGCCAGGUUCAGUUGAAGGAACAAGUACUUUUGGCUGUCCAACAAGUCGAAACUGAACAGUUGAGGCACAAAGUAUGUGAAGUUGUUGCUGAAGUUGCUAGAAAUUUUAUUGAUGAUGAUGGAAAUAACCAGUGGCCAGAAUUUCUUCAGUUCCUCUUCCAUUGUGCCAAUGAUCAGAAUCCUGUUCUCAAGGAAGCUGCUUUACAGAUGUUCACCAGUGUACCAGGUGUGUUUGGCAAUCAACAAAACAACUAUUUGGAUCUUAUCAAACAAAUGCUUUUGCAAAGCCUUCAACCAACUGAGAUUUACGAGGUUCGAUUUCAAGCUGUACGCGCAGUUGGUGCCUUCAUGCUGAUCAAUGACAAGGAAACUCAAAUUUUAAAACACUUCGCCGAUCUUUUAACCCCAAUGCUACAUGUAAUUGCUGAAAGCAUUCAGCAGCAAGAAGACGAUACCCUAUUAAAAGUACUCAUUGACCUAGCCGAGAAUGUUCCGAAAUAUUUGAGACCACAAUUGUUACCCAUUUAUGAGAUGUGCAUGAAAAUUUUCAGUGAUAGCGGGGCCUUGGAUAGCUGGAGACAGCUGGCUUUAGAGGUGAUGGUGACUCUCGCUGAAAUGGCACCCGCCAUGGUUCGUAAAAAUGCUUCUAAAUAUAUGGAACAACUAAUUCCCCUUAUUCUGCAAUUUAUGGCCGACUUAGAAGACGAAGCUAGCUGGUCCGAAUCAGAUGAACUUUUAGACGAAGACAACGAUUGCAACAACGUUGUGGCCGAGGCUGCUCUAGAUCGCCUUGCUUGUGGACUAGGUGGAAAAAUCAUCCUGCCUCUUGUUACCCAAAAUAUUCCUGCUAUGUUGGCCAGUCCUGAUUGGAAGCAACGGCAUGCCGCCUUAAUGGCACUUAGUGCCAUUGGAGAAGGUUGUCACAAACAAAUGGAAGGCAUGCUCCAACAAAUCAUGAAUGGAGUACCCGGAGUGAUGGAAGGUGUUUUACGUUACUUACAAGAUCCCCAUCCAAGAGUGAGAUAUGCAGCUUGCAAUGCAGUUGGUCAAAUGUCAACUGAUUUUGCUCCCACUUUCGAGAAAAAGUUUCACGAUAGAGUAGUACCUGGUUUACUUAUGUUGCUAGAUGACAAUAACAACCCCAGAGUUCAAGCUCAUGCAGGUGCUGCUUUGGUAAAUUUUGCCGAAGAUUGUCCAAAACAUAUUCUCAGCGGUUACUUGGACGCUUUAAUGAGCAAACUAGAAGGCAUAUUAACGGCGAAAUUCAAAGAAUUAGUAGAAAAAGGCACUAAACUGGUGUUAGAGCAAGUUGUAACUACUAUAGCCAGCGUCGCUGAUACAGCUGAAACAGAAUUCAUAGCUUACUACGAUCGUUUGAUGCCUUGCUUAAAAUAUAUUAUUCAGAAUGCUACAAAAGAAGAACUGAAACUUUUAAGAGGAAAAGCUAUUGAAUGUGUUACUUUGAUUGGUAUGGCAGUAGGAUCUGAUAAAUUCAGUGCUGAUGCAACUGAAGUCAUGGAUAUGUUGUUAAAAACUCAUGGAGAUGGCGCGGAAUUACCCGAUGACGAUCCCCAAACUAGUUAUCUUAUAUCGGCUUGGUCUAGAAUUUGUAAGGUUCUUGGCAAGAACUUUGAACAAUAUUUGCCUUUGGUGAUGGGACCAGUAAUGAGGACAGCAGCUAUGAAACCGGAUGUAGCCUUAUUGGACAACGAUGAUAUGCAAGGAGUUGAAGGCGAUGAUGAUUGGCAAUUCGUAUCACUUGGCGAGCAAAAGAACUUUGGCAUUCGUACUGCAGGUUUGGAAGAUAAAGCCGCGGCUUGCAGUAUGUUGGUUUGUUAUGCCCGUGAAUUAAAAGAAAGUUUCUCGAAUUACGCUGAAGAAGUCGUCAAAUUAAUGGUCCCUAUGCUCAAAUUCUACUUCCAUGACGGUGUCCGUAACGCAGCUGCUGAAUCCCUGCCUUGGCUUUUAGAGUGCGCCACUGGCAAGGGCGCCGCUUUUGUAGGGGAUAUGUGGCGAUUUAUAUGUCCGGAAUUAUUGAAAGCUAUUGAUACUGAACCCGAAAGCGAAGUAUUAAUGGCCAUGCUCGACUCUCUGGCUAGAUGCAUUCAGAAACUAGGACCCACUUAUAUUGAUCAGGAAUCCAUGACUGAAAUUUUAAGGAUAAUUGAUAAAUUAAUGAAAGAACAUUUUGAAAGAGCCAAUGAUAGACAUAAGAAACAUUUGGAUGAAGACUAUGAUGAAGAGGUUCAAGAACAGCUCGAAGAUGAAGAAUCUGACGACAUUUAUGUUCUUAGCAAAAUAACUGAUGUCCUUCACUCCAUGUUUUUAGUAUACAGAGAAAACUUCUUACCCUUCUUCGACCAAAUAUGCAGCCAUUUUGUUAAUCUUUUGACGCCAAACCGCGGUUGGGCUGACCGCCAAUGGGGCGUCUGCGUUUUUGACGAUGUAAUCGAAUUUACUGGCCCUGCUUGUGCCAAAUAUCAGGGCUACUUUCUCCAACCCUUUGCGCUAUAUAUCAAAGAUAAGAGCACAGAAGUCCGCCAAGCCACGUGUUAUGGAUGGGGCGUACUUGCUCAAUUUGGCGGCGAUCAGUUCGCGGGAGAGUUAGCAAAAGCUAUGCCCCUAUUAGCGGAAAUUAUCAACGAUCCCGAAUCUAGAGACUCCAGAAAUAUCAAUGCUACCGAAAACGCAAUUUCAGCCGUUACGAAAAUCCUGAAAUUCCAUAGUUCUCAAAUUAAUAUGGAUGAAAUUCUACCAUUGUGGUUUUCAUGGCUACCUGUAAUCGAAGAUGCUGACGAGGCACCUCAUAUUUAUGGAUACUUGUGCGAUUUGAUUGAGCAGAAUAACCAACACAUUUUAGGGGUAAAUAAUUCAAAUAUUCCAAGGAUAAUCAACAUAAUAGCCGAAGCAUUCUUCAGAGAAGCAAUUGAACCUGCAAAGCCUGAAGGUUUUAGAAUGGUUAACAUCGUUAGGCAAGUUCAGUCGAAUGAAUCAUUUUUCCAAAGUGUGGUUCAGUCUUUGGCACCCGAAUUACAGCAAGCCUUGCAUGUGGCCCUACAUACUCCACCCACAUCUUAGCUGAAGAUUAAAAUUUAAGUUAUUGUUUUUAAAUUUAAUUUGAUCAAUUAGCUGAUUCUUUGAAACAUUGCGAUUUUUUCCUUAACUGUCACCGAAAUUGGCAAGUAUGACACGUCGGUCAAUAGCUGAUAAAUAAAAUCAUUUUUUAAUAAUUAAUUGUUUUAUUUUUUUUUUAUGGUGAGACUAUUUAUUUUGGUAGAAAGAGGAAAAAAUUGACAGUGUUUUGUGAACAGGUGGAUUCAGAGUUGAAAAUAAAAAAAGUUAUAGCUAUAUAAAUUAUUUUUAUAUUCGUGUGAUGUUAUAGCUAAUCUUUGUUUUUUGUGUAGCAGUUUGACAAUUUUUUUACUGAAAUUUUUUAUGAUUGAUCUACCUGGUGACAGGUACGUCUUUUGUUUCGUCAACUCAUUAUUGAUAUUGUACAUAGAAUUCACAACUCUGGACUAUAUGUGAUACUUUUUUUUUUUUUUUCAUUAAAAUUCAUAAAAUAUUUUUGUCUACAAGAUUGUCGUUAGUGUUUUAAAAUUUAUUUAAUCACUAAUGAAGUUACAUAAACUAUCUCAAUAAAAGGCAUUUCCCGAGAU